AUGGCUAUCACGCCAGCACUGCAACAAACUUCCGAUUCGGAUGGCCUCGCCUUCGAUGCUGGUGAGAAGGAGAUGCAUCAACAAAUCGAGCAUGCAAAUACGUCCACGACACCCGUGGACAACGGAGAGGAUGGAAAACUCACCAAAGAAACGAUUCUGGCCUACAUAGCAAUGUGCGGCCAGAUCAACGCUUACAUCAUGUCCAUGCUCAUCCCAGCAACGACCCUUUCCUACAUCAAUGCCGAACUCGGACCAGACCCCAACUCGACGUGGAUUACUCUGAACUGGACGUUCGGCGCCUCGAUGAUCGUCUCCAUCGGCGGACGUCUCUCUGACAUUUUCGGCCGCCGAUACUUCAUGAUGACAGGUGCUUUGAUAUCCAUCUGCGGUUGCCUCGUCGGCGCGAAUGGGCGGUCUAUCAACCAGAAUGAUCGCAUCAGGCGCGCUCUUUGGCAUCGGCUCAGGCUUCAAGAAGCUUUGCUACGCCUGCGUGCAAGAAGCAGUGCCCAACCGCUACGCUCACUCGUCAGCUACGCCUUCAUUGCGCAUCAGGACAUCGGCUGGAGGGGCGCCUACUGGUAUCUCUUUUCAUUCCACUGCUUUGCAUUUCUGAUGCUAUUCUUCUUCUACAACCCUCCCGACUUCGAGAUGAAGCAUCGCGAAGAUGGCGAGACGAAGUGGCAGCUGGUGAAGCAGAUGGACUGGGUUGGUGUCUUUCUCUUCCUCUCGGGCGGUGCUCUGUUCCUUAUCGGCGUCAACUUUGGCGGCCGCACCUAUCCGUGGACGCAUCCCCGGGACGUUGUGUCCGAUCAUCAUAGGAGGAUGCUGCUUUAUUGCGGUUGGGUUGUGGUGCACAUAUGCUCCGUUGAAAUAUCCUCUUUUCCCACCAAAGUUAUUCAGGAGAGUGCGCGAGUACGUCUUUUCCCCCGUCCGUAUGGGACAUGGCUGACGGCCUACAGGUUCGACAUGGUCAUUGUCGUCUGCUUCGUCGGUGGCAUGCUCUACUACAGCAUGAACGUGCUGUGGCCCCGCCAGUCACAGGCAUUCUUUGUGCCCGAGGGCGACAUCAUCAUGCGCGGGGUGUAUGCCACCAUCUUUUCCUGUGGCACCUGGAUCGUCUUCAUCUGCUCCCGCCUGCACCACGAAAAGUGGCAGCUUGUAGCCUUCACAAUUGUCCAGACCGCGCUCAUCGGCUCCAUGGCCUCGGUCGGCGCCAACGACGAGGCCCAAGCCAUAGUGACAGUGGUCCUGGCGGCCACGACCAUCACCCCGCCUCAGCUGCUAUCAUUCACGAUGCUCUCAUUUGGCCUCGAGGACCAGCGAGAUCUGGGCGUUGCCGUCGGCCUCGCAGGCACGUUUCGCCUGUUUGGUGGUGCCGUGGCGACGGCGAUUUAUACAGCCAUCUACACGAACCGCUUCAACGAGGUCCUCCCGGGGCAGCUGACGGCUGCGAUUGAGGCCUCGGACGUUGAAUUUUCCGAAGGCCUGCUGCAGUCCAUGAUCAAGGCGGCAACACUCAACACACGCACAGCAUAUGAGGCGGUUAGCGGGGCGACGCCAGAUCUCGUGGAUCGGGUCAUCGAAGGGGCGCGCGAGUCCUAUGUCCAGGGGUUCAGCUUGGUGUAUCUCGUAGCUAUAGCUUUUGGCGUGUGCGCUACCAUUGCGGCGGCGUGUACAGUGAGCACGGACCGGAGCAAGAAGAACAACGAUCGAGCCGUUGUCAUGAAGGAUGAAGUGCUGAAGAGGGAUGCGAUGCUGCAGAAGAAGACGGUGGCAUAA